CGUCAUGUUCGCGAGGUCUGAAGUCUUUUUGAGCAGGAAAGAGCAAUAUACAGAGUGUUUUCAAGCCGGUGUGCAGUGGAGAAUCGGCGACGUUAAGUUUACUGUUACCGGUUGAUCAACUGGAACUCAGACUAGAUUAAAAACGGAUUCUCCGAAGGCAGCGUGUUGAGCAAUCUGGCAAUCAUUUCGGCGAUUUUGUGUUUCGUGAGGGGAUUUGUGUUUGAUGUUAUUGGAUCUAUCUCAAUAACAGCCGACAACACAACCGAAACUAUUACGCAGCACUCUAGCCUGCUUAAAAGACUUUAACCGUCGCAAGGCAAAUCAUGGAAGUGGUGGCAGCCGCCCCCGGUCCAACGGGCGGCGCAGUGUCGCCCUUUCGAGAUCACGACGUGCGCGAGUGGUCGAGGAUCGACACGAUCACAGGCGCCCUCGAACGGGCGCGAAUCGAAACCGACAGCUGGACGGCCAGUACAAACGAUGGAUGUCAUAAAUACGGAAAGGUAUUAGAUUCACGAGCUCGAACAGGACUCAACGGUUCCCUACAUCAACAGGCCAGCAGACAAUUGGAAGUAUUUCAGAGUAACGGCCCAGGCGCAAGGCUACAGGUAAUCAAAACGCAUACCGUAUCCAGUAGCAGAUGGAGUGGAAAACUAAACGGACCGUCCGAUAUAAUAGGAGACUUUGAAGGAUUACAACUUACGGUGAACCCAUUAGAUGUAACUUCCCAAAAAGCCAAAGCAUCAGUAGCCAGAAGCGCCAUAAGACGCCCUCCGACUAGGCAACGUCCUCAGAAUUUGUCCAGGUCUCCUCCGAUCGAUCUCAAUCACCAGUUCAAAGAUCCCCAUUUCACCGCAGCGGCGAACCUUCACAGGGUAUCCAGAUUAUGCCAUCAAAUCCAUGAAACCGCAGUCAGACAAGCGUUCGGGAGGACAUCUGCAGACACAGACGUUGCAUCAUCGGAGAGGGGGAGCGGAGAUGGCAAUGCUAGCGGUGUCGAAAUUGUCGAAAUUGAAAGCGUCACUCCCUCUAGUGGUGAUGUGAGUGAUCGGUCUAGUUUAACGCGAACUAAGAGUAUUAGUAGUGAAGAUCUACAUGUAAGCGAGAAGGUAUCAAACACGAACAAAUUGGAAGAUAUACAAUCCUGGAAGAGGUCCUCCAAGAUUCGCCGUAGUCUACCCUCUUCGAUUCAAAACAAUAAUUCAGCUGCGGCGAAGAUAGAUUUUCCGCAAAGCGUGGUCAGCGUAAAAAAAAUACGCGAGGAACUGGAAAAAGAUAAAAAUCUUAGCACAGCGUUAACAGGCAAUGCUGCUAAUCUAACCUCGUUCGACCAAAUUACCCAGAUCGCUUCUAUAAGCAAUUCGGACGACAACGGAGCCGAAGAUACUGUAGAAGAUCAGGAGGUUCAUCCCAAGCCGAAACAGAAAAAAGAUUCAUUUGUGACAGUUGAGUCAAUACAAGAAAUUAAAAACAGGUUAAAAAGUACUGAUUCACCUACGUCCAUGUCGACCAAGAAAGAAGACGUUGAUGAUGGGAUCGACACAGAAGACCACAGAGACGAAGAAUCUCAGUCUAGCCAUAAUCGGGUAAAGUCUUACGUGUUCGGCAUGGAGGCAAAACUGCAGAAGAAGAAACCGUUGAUAAGUACCGGCAGCCUCGAAUCUAAAUCCAAAAUGGCUAAUGGAAACGCUAACCACCGAAAUGAAGACUGGUACAAUAGAAGAAAAUCUUACGGAUUUGAACAAGUUCACAACGAAGAUGAGUCGAAUUCGUUCAAGACCAGAAGUCGAGUAGAGUCUUCCACUGACAGCGGUAUAUGUAGAUCAAGUGAUAUAGAUCAUCCGGCAAAACAAGCAAAUGGGAAAUACGAUUCUAGUUCUGAUAACGAUGUAGAAAAGCAAUCCACUUCUAACGAUGACAAAAUCGGCAGUGGGAUAAGUUAUGGCAACGUUAGGAAAAUGACCAGCAUAUUUAAUCAAGGCAAUUUUGAUGCCACUACUUCACCUGCUAGUUCCUGGACAAAAACCCUGUUCACUGAUUGGAAAUCUACUGACAAUAAGUCGACGGUAACAGUCCCCGUUGUCAGGAGUAACUUAAACGAGCUUUCUUGGAAUAACGACCCGGACAAAGAGGUCAAGCGUCACUCGAUAGCCGUAGACGAUGUAAAAUUUACAGCGAAAUCGGCAGAGGGCAAAUUUAGGAGGUCCAGUUUGGUGUCUGCGGAUCACUACCCGAAAUGCGAAAACUUAGACGACGAGAACGUCGGCAACAAUCGGAAACCGAAAAAAGUGGAGUUUUGUAAGACCGAGAUUCAUUUUGCUGCAGAUACCGGUAAGGUAAAUAUCGUAGAAACGGAUGAAAAGCCGCCCCCCACUCACAAUUUUCGGAGACGGCGGAGAAAUUCAGGAACCAAUUUCAAUCCGGACUUCAACAAGAACGGCCUUCCAGUUUUGCAUUUUGGCGAUAGUACUGAUGAAAAAUCGAUGUUUGGUGUUAACUACAGAGACUCCCCAGAUCAUUUUGCCACAUACGAAAACUUGCAGCCUAGAGUGCCCCCAUUGCCUGAAGUCGUAGACAUCGCGACCGACGUUGAUAGCUUUGUGGAUUAUAGCGAGGUGGAAAAAAAAGAACUGGAAAAUCUCAAAGGCAUUCUGAAAAAUAAACCGGUGAAACCGAAACCGUAUCAUCUGGGUGACAUACCGUUUUCAAAUUCGGACGAGGAAACCCAACCCUGGGGCUCGCAGCUUAGGGUUGCGAAUGUAGAACCGCCCAAAUGGAGAUCCGUAGUGACAGUGCAGAAUUCUUACGAUGGUGUUCCCGAUGAAACCAAUCAACAGACCGAGUUUCAGAAGCUGUUAAGAAAUCUGCGACCGACCAAAUUGCCUAGUUACGCGGCGGACAGUGAUAACCAAAAUUUGAACCGUUUUGCCAACGUCAGAACAAUUCCGGUUGCCAUCGAUCACGAUGUUUCCGCGAGCGAAUCUCGCAAUGAAAAAAUCUAUUCGACAAGGAUAAACAUCGAAAACAGCCAAGCGAACGCACAAGAAAAUAGAAAUGAAAUUAACAACGAUUUGGCGAAAGUGCCCAAACAAAUCGUAAACAAGGGAUUAAUAGUCCGAGUUGGACGAGAAAAUUCCGUUUCGAAACACACGGUACGCACGAAAACAACUACCGAAGACAACGACGACAAAACUACAACGACGAAGAUAACAAUCGACCUAACUCCGUCGCCUCAGAACCAAGUUCCUGCCGCUUUUACCUAUGCCAAAUAUCGAAGAUCUCAAAACGAUAGCUUCAAGUCAACGCCUUUAGUUCUUAGUACGUUGAAAUACCAAAAGGAAGUCAACGACGAAAUCGCUCAACAAUUCAAGUCAAACGUUAUUAAAGUUAACGGUAGAUCAGAUGAAGUUCCUUUCCGUUUAAACUCUUCGAACAGAGUUCCGGAACAAUUAGAGGCUCUUAAAAAACUCUAUGAAGAUAUUCCGAGCGAUAGCGAUGCCGACAAAGAAGUUCAGCGGCUCAUGAGUAGGAUCGAGGAGAGGGAAGUGUCAAAGAUGGAAGAAAACGGUUGCAAAAGCGUGGUAUCGGGAAGCUGGAGCAAGAUGAGAACUCGCAGAGAGUGUUCCGACGAUAAAAGUGUUAAUCGGGAAAUUAAGUCUACAGUCGGUCUAGAGAAAUCUAGCACUAGAAAAGUGAACAGAUUACAAUCCCAAUCUCCUCAUUCGCGAAGAACCGAAUUUAGCAAUUUGCUCUCCAACAAGCGCAGUCCUUCGCCUAGAAGGCGAGUGUAUUCACCAAUAACAGCGAGAAAACCAGCACUUACCUCCGUCUCAUUCCUAAAACCCUCGUGCACGGUAGAUCACCUGUCUAGUUCAUCUUUAGUUGGCCGAAGCGUGACUAGCAAACACGAAAAUUCAACGAACAAAACAUCGGGACGACGAUCUCCAACGAAAGACUUUAAAAACGCAGACAAUAAACUAGAAAGGAUACACACUAACGAAAACAUAGUUUUAAGGCAACCUAAACAAUCUGAAAUGACUUAUUUCGGGGUCAAAGUGAAUACGAAGUCUUCGAACGAGGCUUCGACCUCCAGCAAAAGUAAAGUUCUCGAGAAACCUGACCUAAUUCGGCACUACAAUAAAUCUCCACCGGCUCUUCCGGCCAGAAUCAGAAGAGUAAAUCAGAAACCCGGUUCACCAAUCUACGAAAAUUUAAGAACGAAUCCGAAGAAAGCGAAAGGCAAAUACUCAGCCUCCAGAGAAUUCGACAGCAGCAUCUUAGACGAGCUGACAAAAGCUGCGGACCAAAUCUUACAAGUUGUCAACGGGUACACCAACGAAGACGGUCCAAAUAGGUUAAGCUCGGACGAGGAAGUCAAGCCCCCUCUAGACACCAUAUCUGAAACAAAGUCGUGGAGAAGCAACCCUCAACCGUUGCAAUCCAGGGCAACGAAACCGACUCUGGCAAGUGCCGCGAAAGUUCGCGUCCGAAGAACGUCUUCUACGUCGUCCGUGGAGAGUUUAAGCAAAGAGAGGUCAAAGCAAACCAGAGAGAAUCAAGUUAAAGUUGCGCAAGAUCCAUCCGUUAAGAAAAAAGCAUCCAGCGAUUCGAGUUCCGUAAAAGCCUCUACGAAAGCAAGGAGACUGCAACGGGCGUGCAGCAGAGAAGCCCUCUUGCAAAGCCACGGAAGCUCGUCGGAGGAUUUGCCUGCCAAAUCGGAAGCGCCGGUCAGGAAACCGAGGUUAAUUAAGAAAACUAAAGCUUCUCAGUUCACUAUAAGCAAUGGUUUGGAAUUGAAAAAACCUAUUAGGAAGAAGGACGCUAUCGGUGGUAUAGAUGAAAGAGUAAUUGGCGUUCUGCCCGAAAUUAAACGCAAGACUGGAAUGUCAUCUAUAAGAAGCACUUCGGAGAGCGGUUCAAGGGAUAGGUUGAGGCAUAAAGUCGAAGAUUCGAAGCUUAGAAAUCAUCCACGAGAUGAUGCUAACAGAGGUGCAGUAAGUUCCUCUCGCUCCAUCAGCAGCAGAAGCUACCAACCUUCUCAGCGACUCGACCCUACUAAAGAUUCUGGGGUAACACAGCACCGCGUCUCUACUGCAAACAUCAAGAGAUGUCAUCGAGCAGAGGUACUGAAAAGACAUUAGAAAAAUAUCGAUUCUUCACUAGUUACGCCAGCACAAUAACGUUGUUUAAUAAUUAUAAGUAUGUAACGGAUAAUGUCAACAUGUAAUUGUAUGUUCUUCGUACUAGUUAAGUAAGUUCCUAAAUGAUUAAUUGGUCAUUAAUCAGUAAUCUUGUUUUUUUUAUUAUACGGUUGUGUAAAAAUUCCAUUUAUUUCCUCUACCAACCUAUUUAAUGUGCUUUUUUAAUGCUUUAAAGAGUUUUUUUCUUUUUUACAAUAAUUUAUAUAUUUUGUAACAAUAAUCUGCCAAAUGUGAUUGUACGUUGCUUUACUGGUCAUGUGAUGUUCAUUUUAAAAAUAAAUAAAUAA